CAUGGUCACCUGAAGACGAAUCGAGCUCGCUGCGAAAGUAUAAGACACAUCCGGCACAAUCUCGUCCUCUAGCAACACAAGGUCGCUUUCCCUUCCUCCACCUCUGACGCCAUGCACAGGAUUCUGGCUGCUCUCGCUGUUCUCAUGCCCCUCUUGGGCUCGGUCGCCGGCCAGUCGCAGGAGUGGGGCCAAUGCGGAGGUAUAGGGUGGACCGGCGCCACAACUUGUGUCGCCGGCACAACUUGUACCGAGCUCAAUUCGUACUACUCGCAAUGUUUGCCCGGAGCUGCCAGCUCGACGGUGCCCACGUCCACAGCGCCGGCGUCCUCGUCCGCCUCCAGCACCGGCACCGCGACUGGCAGCGCCCCGACUGGCCUUAGCUCCAUCCCAGCCUCGACGCUCUUCCAGAUCAACAACUUUGGCACGAACCCGAACAACGUCGCGAUGUACGUCUACAAGCCGGCCAAGGUCGCCUCCAACCCGGCACUCAUCGUCGCCAUCCACUACUGCUCCGGCACGGCGCAGGCGUAUUACAGCGGAUCGCGGUACGCGCAGCUCGCGGAGACCUACGGCUACCUCGUCCUCUUCCCCUCCUCGCCGCACUCGGGCACGUGCUGGGACGUCUCCUCCGACGAAACGCUCACCCACAACGGUGGCUCAGACUCGCUCGGCAUCGUCUCUGCCGUGCGCUACGCUAUCGCGAACUGGGGCGUCGACUCCAGCCGCGUGUUCGCCGCGGGCACGUCCUCCGGCGCGAUGAUGACGAGCGUGCUCGCCGGCGCGUACCCGGAUGUGUUCGCCGCCGGCGUUGUGGACUCUGGCGUCGCGUUCGGGUGCUUUGCGCUCCCCGGCCAGCCGGACGACUCGUGGAACUCGCAGUGCUCGACGGGUGAGCUGAUCCUCACGGGCGCGCAAUGGGCGCAAAAGGUGUACGCCGCAUACCCAGGCUACACCGGCCAGUACCCCAAGAUGCAAGUCUGGCACGGCACCAUCGAUACCACGCUCUACCCCCAGAACUUCUGGGAAGAGAUCAAGCAGUGGACGACUGUGUUCGGCUACCCGAGCACGCCGGUUACCAACGUCACGGAGUCGUAUCUCCCUACAGGUUACUCCAACUCGACGUUUGGACCGCGCUUCCAAGCCAUCCUGGCGCAGAACGUCGGGCACACGGUGCCCCUGUUUGAGCAGCAGUACUUGCAGUUCUUUGGGCUUGCGUGAGGGCGUAACGUCGAGGACAGCGGAACGGCUCUGCUUUGACAUCUUCUGGAAGGGCAGUUGAUGGAUGGAUGUACUCGUAUGUUGUGUGUUUUGGAGUCAAUUCCAAUGCCAUCUUAUAUGACUCCAGGAGGCCCUUGAGCGGCUUCCUGCCUUACCGC